AUGUUGUUUAAGAAAUAUGAUAAUAGCAAUGUAUUUCAGAAAAGUACCGAUAGAUCAUUGACACAUGAAAUGCGCGUUGAUUUUCUAAAUAAAAAGUGUUCAACAAAUGGACAACUACAAUCGUUCGUACAUAUGAAAAAAUAUUAUACUCUUAAUCAUCUUGUAUUUACAUUACGUAGUAAAAACUUAUUCUAUUGUUCUGUGCCAAAAGUAGCCACCAAGACGCUACUGAAUUUGUUUACCUAUCUGCACACAGAAGAACUUAUUGCCUAUAUUAGCAAUAGUUCUACAAUCCAGAAUGAAUUAAUCAAGAAUGAAUUUCCAAAACAGCGAUCAUUGUUCAAUUCACGUUUUUUACAAAACAAGUUGACAUUAAAUAGUGUCACGAACAACGAUAAUGGACAGAAUGUUCAGCUGCGUGUGUUGAAUGCAUUUAAACAAAAUUUACUAAAUUAUUCUAAGGAACCGGAAGAUUUAUGGCAUUUGCAUCAGAAAAAGGUAUUACCACUUAUUAAACUUGAAAGUAUCGAUGAUCUUCACAUAACAAAUUUCAUUAACGCUGCUACGAAAGUACUGUUUGUUCGUCAUCCAUUUAACCGUUUAGCAUCCGCUUAUUAUGAUAAAAUAGCUACAUUGAGAAUUCCACCAGUUCAAGAUGCAAGGAAUAUUCAGGUAUCCCUGUAUGAUGAUAUACGUCGAGCAAUAUGUCGAAAAUUUGCUCAACAAUAUUUAAGUAUAAAUGAGUUAACAUAUUACCAUGGUCAAUAUCGGUGGGUACGUCCUCAAUCUAAAAUUAAUAAGUUCGAUGAGCCAUGUAGAACUGUUAUACCAAGAUUUGAACAUUUCGUUGAGUAUAUUCUCGAUUAUCAUUCCAUUGGACAGUUAGAUGUUCAUUGGGCUCCAUAUUAUCAUCUUUGCAAAGUAUGUACAUUAAAAUAUAAUUUUAUUGGAAAAUAUGAAACGAUUGCAGAUGAUAUUCAGUUGUUACUCAAAUUAGUGGGAACAAACUCACAAGAAUGGCAAAUGAAAAUGAUCAGUAGUAAUAGAUCAACGGUGAUAAAAGAUAAAGUGUACAAAAAACUAUAUGAAACUCUUCCAGAACAUCUUAUAUGUAAACUUCAGCAGACUUAUUCAAAAGAUUUGAGUUUGUUUAAUUAUAAUAUUGAAGAUUACGUGGAUCGAGCGAAACUGUCAAAUUGCCAGAUGCGCUAUCAGUCUAAGAAUUAUACUGGGACGUUUCAGGCUUGA